AAAAGUUCCCACGGGAUAAGAAUUGCUCCGAGCUGGGGUGGGUGUCUACGACUCCUUUUCUUCUCUUCCAAGUUCUCCCUCUUUCCCAGCUUCGAUCUCGUCGUCUCUGCUCCUUGAUUCCUUGCAAUCGGUUGAGUUUAUCUUUUAGGAUUUGAUCGAGGAGGAGGUGGGAUUGGCCGGUGCUAGAUUCGAGGAGGAUGUCGUACGCGUACCUGUUCAAGUACAUCAUCAUCGGCGACACGGGAGUGGGGAAAUCAUGUCUUCUUCUGCAAUUCACCGACAAACGUUUCCAACCUGUUCAUGACUUGACAAUUGGUGUUGAGUUUGGGGCUAGAAUGGUUACUAUUGACAACAAGCCUAUAAAAUUGCAGAUAUGGGACACGGCUGGCCAGGAGUCUUUUCGAUCAAUUACAAGAUCCUAUUACAGAGGUGCUGCUGGAGCACUGCUGGUAUAUGACAUAACCAGGAGGGAGACAUUCAAUCAUCUUGCUAGCUGGCUGGAAGAUGCCAGGCAACAUGCCAAUGCUAAUAUGACAAUUAUGCUGAUUGGUAACAAAAGUGACUUAUCUCACAGAAGAGCCGUGAGCACUGAAGAGGGGGAACAGUUUGCGAAGGAGCAUGGAUUAAUCUUCAUGGAGGCCUCUGCUAAAACAGCACAGAAUGUUGAGGAGGCUUUUAUUAAAACUGCAGCAACUAUAUAUAAGAAAAUUCAAGAUGGUGUCUUCGACGUGUCAAAUGAGUCGUAUGGAAUCAAAGUUGGAUAUGGAGGAAUUCCUAGGCAAUCAGGUGGAAGGGAUGGCUCAUCAUCUCAAGCGAAUGGCUGUUGUAGUUGAUCUUUUCUGAUCUGAUGCCCCCCUGUUUUUUAUUUGUUUAAUCCAAGAAAAAUGCGUGAAAUUGUGUAAUCCUAAUGUACAUGAAUAAGUAUAUCGUGUCGCCAUUGUUGGAUAAUGGAUAGAUUUGUAUGAAACUGACGCAAAUGCUUUUUAUUAAUCAAAAUUUUGUUUCUUUUGACAAAAGAAACAAACAAAUUUGACGUCGAUGUCCA